AUGACGGAAGAAAUCACGGCGCUUACAAACCAGCACAACUGGUCUCUGGUUCCGCAACCGCCCAACAAACCACUUCUUGGCUGCAAGUGGACUUUCAAAACGAAACUACUACCCAAUGGACAGGUUGAUCGAUACAAAGCUCGGCUCGUCGCUCUCGGUUACAACCAGCAAUUCGACAUCAAUUAUACCGAAAUCUUCAGUCCUGUGGCAAAGAUGCCAACGAUACGACUCUUGUUAACCAUCGCUCUCAAUCGUAAAUGGUCCAUACAUCAACUCGACGUCUCCAAUGCUUUCCUUCAUGGAGAUCUUCAAGACGACAUUUAUAUGCGCCAACCGCCCCGCUUCGUCGACCCAGAGAAUCUGGACUUAGUCUGCAAGCUUCACAAAUCACUCUAUGGUCUCAAACAAGCACCUCGACAAUGGUUUCAUAAGCUAACAAUGUUUCUCCAGACUCAAGGCUUCAGGUUCAGUCGUUCCGAUCCCUCUCUUCUAAUCUUUCAUAAAGCUCAUAUACAAAUAUACUUUCUUAUUUACGUUGAUGAUUUUCUUGUAACAGGGAAUGACAACUCUGCGAUCCAGCACAUUCUCGGUCAGCUCCAAGCCCAAUUCGCCCUCAAGCAGCUAGGACAAAUCUCACUCUUCUUAGGCAUACAAGUAAUUCAAUCCACAAAUGGCUAUUUUCUCACACAACAACACUAUGCUAUGAAAAUUCUAUACGACGCGGGUUAUGCCAAUUGCAAACCGGCACCAACGCCAGUCACACCCGCCUCAAAACAUGAACAAUCGACCGACUCUCCAUUCCAUGAUCCGACUCUCUACCGCAAGCUCGCCAGGUCCUUACAAUACCUCACCAUAACGAGACCGGACAUUGCUUUUGCCACUAAUGUCGUCUGCCAACGCAUGCAAGAUCCUACCGAUCAAGACUUCAAAGCACUCAAGCGGCUAUUACGCUACAUCAAAGGCACCGUCACCUAUGGUCUCCCGAUCACCACCAGCCCCCUUGAGCUGCGAUCCUAUACGGAUGCCGAUUGGGCCUCCGAUGCUUUCGACCGGAAGUCUAUAUCUGGCUACUGCACAUUCCUAGGUCCCAACCUCAUUUCCUGGACCAUCAAGAAGCAAGUCACUGUUGCCAAGUCGUCCACCGAGGCAGAGUAUCGCUCCCUCACAGCUGCAAUUUUUGAAGUGAUCUAG